AUGGCGGGCGUGCAGGGUGCUGGGCGCGCCGUGGCGCUGGCACUGCGGCCGGGGAAGCGGCGGCUGGAUCCCGGGCCGGAGCGGGAGCCCGAGCCGGAGGAGGCUUCUCCCGGCUGCGGCCCCGGCCCCGACAGCGACUCCGGCCUCUCGGACAGCGAGGAGAGUGUGUUCUCAGGCCUGGAAGACUCUGGCAGCGACAGCAGCGCCGAUGACGACGACGAGGGGGAGGAUGGAGCCGACGCCGAGCAGGGCCAGGUGCGGCCUGGCACCCCUGGCCUGAAGACAGAGGCAAGGACGCACAGCGGGGACGAAUAUGCGGAAGACAGCUCGGACGAGGAGGAUAUCCGGAACACCGUGGGCAACGUGCCCCUGGAGUGGUACGCCGACUUCCCCCACGUGGGCUAUGACCUGGACGGCAGGCGCAUCUACAAGCCCCUGCGGACGCGGGAUGAGCUGGACCAGUUCCUGGAUAAGAUGGACGACCCCGACUAUUGGCGCACCGUGCAGGACCGGAUGACAGGACGAGACGUGCGGCUGACGGACGAGCAGGUGGCCCUCGUGCGGCGGCUGCAGAGGGGCCAGUUUGGGGACGUGAGCUUCGACCCCUAUGAGCCGGCUGUGGACUUCUUCAGCGGGGACAUCAUGAUCCACCCAGUGACCAACCGCCCAGCAGACAAACGCAGCUUCAUCCCCUCCCUGGUGGAGAAGGAGAAGGUCUCCCGCAUGGUGCAUGCCAUCAAGAUGGGCUGGAUUCAGCCUCGCCGGCCCCGGGACCCCACCCCCAGCUUCUACGAUCUGUGGGCGCAGGAGGACCCCAACGCCGUGCUGGGGCGCCACAAGAUGCACGUGCCGGCACCCAAGCUGGCGCUGCCGGGCCACGCCGAGUCCUACAACCCCCCUCCUGAGUACUUGCUCAGUGAGGAGGAGCGCCUGACGUGGGAGCAGCAGGAGCCCGGUGAGCGGAAGCUCAACUUCCUGCCCCACAAGUUCCCGAGCCUCCGGGCCGUGCCUUCCUACGGCCGCUUCAUCCACGAGCGCUUCGAGCGCUGCCUCGACCUGUACCUGUGCCCCCGGCAGCGCAAGAUGAGGGUGAACGUGGACCCCGAGGACCUGAUCCCCAAACUGCCCCGGCCGAGGGACCUGCAGCCUUUCCCCACGUGCCAGGCCCUGGUGUACUGGGGCCACAGCGACCUCGUCCGUUGCCUCGCCGUCUCCCCGGGGGGCCAGUGGCUGGCUUCAGGCUCGGACGACGGCUCACUGCGGCUCUGGGAGGUGGCCACUGCCCGCUGCAUGAGGACGGUGUCUGUGGGGGGUGUGGUCAGGAGCGUCGCCUGGAACCCCAACCCCACCGUCUGCCUGGUGGCUGCAGCCACGGAGGACUCUGUGCUGCUGCUGAACCCGCUGCUGGGAGAUCGGCUGGUGGUGGGCAGCACGGACCAGCUGCUGGGCGCCUUCUCCCCGGCCGAGGAGCCGGCCGUGCAGCCCGCGCGCUGGCUGGAGGUCUCCGAGGAGGAGCGCCAGCAGGGCCUGCGGCUGCGCAUCUGCCACGACAAGCCAGUGACACAGGUGACGUGGCACGCACGUGGGGACUACUUGGCUGUGGUGCUGGCCACCCCAGGCCACACCCAGGUGCUGCUCCACCAGCUGAGCCGGCGCCGCAGCCAGAGUCCGUUCCGCCGUAGCCACGGGCAGGUGCAGCGUGUGGCCUUCCACCCGACCCGGCCCUUCCUGCUGGUGGCCUCGCAGCGCAGCGUCCGCGUCUACCACCUGCUGCGGCAGGAGCUCACCAAGAAGCUGAUGCCCAACUGCAAGUGGGUGUCCAGCAUGGCCGUGCACCCUGCAGGGGAUAACGUCAUCUGUGGCAGCUACGACAGCAAGCUGGUGUGGUUCGACCUGGACCUUUCCACCAAACCGUACAAAGUGCUGAGGCACCACAAGAAGGCCCUGCGGGCCGUGGCCUUCCACUCCCGGUACCCGCUCUUCGCAUCCGGCUCCGACGACGGCAGCGUCAUCGUGUGCCACGGCAUGGUGUACAACGACCUGCUGCAGAACCCGCUGCUGGUGCCCGUGAAAGUGCUGAAGGGGCACGCGCUGAGCCGGGACCUGGGCGUGCUGGACGUCGCCUUCCACCCCACUCAGCCCUGGGUGUUCUCGGCGGGCGCGGACGGCACGGUCCGCCUCUUCACCUAGGCCGCGGCGGGCGCGGCUCAAUACAGUGGUGUGUCUGCUGUCCUGCCUCGUCCCUCCCA